GUGAAACUCAGAGUGUAUAAUUGGGAGGGAGAAAGAGAUAGAGAGUGAUAGGGAUUGAGAAAAAGAAAGAGAGAGGUUAGUCUUAUGUAACUAGUAAUGAGGAACGAUAAGAUGUUGAACCUGUAAGCUGUAAACUAAAUGAAAGAACAACAAACCUACUUUGAAGAAAUUCAUAAAUAGGAAGUGAAAAGACGGCUGUAAGGUGUAACUUGAGAAUACCAUUGAACCGUAGGCUACUCAACCUGUCCAACUGGAAAAGAUGGAAAAACCCCCUCGGCCCGAUCUGAUUGACUUCCAUGGUAUUUCUAUGAUCCACUACUUCACUGAUAAUUGGGAGAACAUCCAAAACUUCCAGGCCAGGCCAGAUGAUAUCCUUAUUGUCACAUACCCAAAAGCAGGAACCACGUGGGUCUCCUACAUCUUGGACCUCCUUUACUUUUCCCAGACUGCUCCUGAACGUCAGACAUCCAUCCCCAUCUAUGAGCGAGUUCCGUUCUUGGAGAUAUCUAUUCCCGUCAUGCCCCCAGGAACGGAGUUGGCCAAUAACUUGAGCACCUCUCCUCGGCUCAUUAAGACUCACUUACCAAUUCAGUUUGUGCCCAAAUCCUUCUGGGAGCAGAACUGCAGGAUAGUGUAUGUGGCCCGUAACGCCAAGGACAAUGCAGUCUCCUAUUUCCACUUUGACCGUAUGAACAUGGCCCAGCCAGAGCCUGGAGACUGGAACAGCUUCCUGCAGAGAUUCAUGGAGGGAAAGAUGGUGUUUGGUCCCUGGUAUGACCAUGUGACUGGCUGGUGGGAGAAGAAACAGAGUCACUCCAAGCUGCUCUACCUGUUCUUUGAGGAUAUGGUGGAGGACACUGGUCGAGAGCUGGACCGUCUGUGCUCCUUCUUGGGGAUUUCUCCUUCAGCAGAGGAGAAGGAAAAAGUGAAAAGAGGAGUGCAGUUUGACAACAUGAAGAAGAACAACAUGACUAACUACUCAACCAUUCCAGUGAUGGACUUCAAGAUCUCUCCCUUCAUGAGAAAAGGAAAGGUUGGAGAUUGGAAGAACCAUUUCACUGUGGCUCAGAAUGAGCAGUUUGAUGAAGACUACCAGAAGAAAAUGAAAAAUCCCACUUUAAGAUUUAGAACUGAGGUGUAAAGUAUUCAGUAUUUACAAGCAGAAUAUCAUUACUUUGUUGCUAACUAUAUGAAAGUUCUGUGUUUAUAUGAAAGUUCUGUCUGUGAGUCUACUCUAAAGUCACCAGUACUUAAACACUGUCCAUCACAGUCUGAAUGUAACCUUUGGGAUCACUGGACUAUACCUUUGGUAAAUAAAAAUAUUAUAAUCCUA